CAGCGCUCUACACCAACGAACUUAAAACUCGCAUUAGCCCCGAACUUUCAGUUACGCCUGAAUUCGUCAAACAACCAGCACGCGCAAGCUUCUGUCUGAGUGAUACAACUUGAUUCACCAUGUCGGCGCCCCACGACACGGCGACCACAACUGCUGCUUCGUCUUCCGAGUUUUUCGAGUCUAUCGGAAAGAAAGCCGACCAACUCGCCCCGUCUACCAACGGCGCAAAUGGAGUUACCAGCGCUGACGAUGACGAUGGCAGGGUAGUCGAGCAGAUCGAGUCGCUCUGCAUGAACUGCCACGAAAAUGGCAUGACGCGCUUGCUACUCACUUCCAUUCCCUACUUUCGCGAGGUCAUCCUCAUGUCAUUCCAGUGUGACAAAUGCAACUUUACCAACUCCGAGAUUCAAUCCGCCGGCGAGAUCCAGCCCAAGGGUGCUAGCUACAUUUUACGGCUAACGGACAUGGCCGAUUUCGAACGUACUGUCGUGAAAUCCGACACCGCCGUCGUCAAGUUUAUCGAACUCGAUCUUGAGGUCCCUUCAGGUCGGGGACAGCUCACGAAUGUCGAGGGCCUUCUUAGCAACAUCAUCGAUGACCUCGAACUCGGACAAGAUGCGCGAAAAAAACAAGCGCCCGAGAUUUACGAGAAGAUUGCGCAGAUAAUCACCAAGGGACGGGCUAUGCUUGCAGGGGAAGCUUUCCCAUUCCGACUCUCCGUUGACGAUCCCGCCGGAAACUCUUGGAUAGCCCCCAACAUGAGGGACGGUGUCGGUAGAUGGGAGAAGCAUGAAUAUGUGAGGACACCGGAGCAAAAUGAAGCCCUUGGACUGUCGGCAACCGAGCAGGCCGCCAACGGCAACGUCGAGGACGAAGACAUCAUCCCGGAUCAAGUCUAUGAGUUCCCAGCCACUUGCCCUGGCUGCAUGCACCCUUGUACGACCAGGAUGACCAUGGUUGACAUACCGCACUUCAAGGCUGUGAUACUUAUGUCGACCGCUUGUAGCGACUGUGGAUAUAAAUCAAACGACGUCAAGACGGGCGGAGAGAUCCCAGAACUUGGCAAGAAGAUCACCUUAAAAGUGGAAAGCGUAGAAGACCUUGCUCGCGAUAUUUUGAAGAGUGAAACUUGCGCGUUGGAAUGCCCUGAGCUCAACCUACAAGUAAACCCCGGCACCCUAGGUGGUCGGUUUACUACUGUCGAGGGCCUAUUAACACAAAUUCGCGACGAUCUUCGUUCUCAAAUCUUCGAGACAGGCUCAGGCGGCGGCGACUCUCUCGCCUCUGAAGAGAGGGUGACCUGGAACCAGUUCUUUGACGGCCUUGACGUAGCUAUAAAGGGGGAGAAGCCAUUCACAAUCAUUCUUACCGACCCGAUAGCGAGCAGCUAUGUCCAAAAGGCCGUCGACCCUGACCAGGAUGAUCCUCAGAUGACGAUUGAGGAAUAUACUCGUACGGAUGAGGAAGAGGAGGAUCUGGGGCUCAAAGAUAUGAAAACCGAAGGCUACGAGCAAGAUAGUGCGAAUCAAACUGCUGGAACUGAAUCUAAUCAGGAAGGCAGGUGAUGUUUAGAGGUUUAGAUACCAUACAAUACAGAUGAGAAAUAAUCCAGAGCGUUCAGAUACCCAGCCCCUUUUCG